AUGACCUACCUUCUCCUGCCGCCUCACCCAACGUCGGCACACGAUGUACCUCGUUCGCCUUCCCCUUCGCCCUCGCCGAUAUUCCCAACUGCACAAAACCAGGGAAAGCUGGAAGAUCCGCUAGAGCCACCAUUGCCCAAUCUGGAAUAUCCAUUCAUCAAAGAUGGGUUAGAAGUCUUUUUCGACAUUCAACACCAGGAGGAGGAGGAGGAGGAGGAGGAAGAGAAUAGCACUUCGGAUUUGGAUUUCGGUUUCGGUCUCGGAGGUCGUCAUGGAAGGUACGUUAGUAAAAACUUGGUUACAUGUAACGAUGAAACACUUCUGAAUGUCUAUUGUUCUCUCGGUUUCGAUGGUGAAUGUUGA